AUGGCUGCCUCGCAGAAGAGUACCCGGCAGCAGACCAGGAGCCAUGCAGGACAUUCGCAUGGCCACGGCCACUCGCACGACAACACCUACUUGACCUCACAGAAUAGGAAUGACGCCGGGGUUAGGAUCACGAGGAUUGGCCUGUUCGUCAACCUGGGCAUGGCCCUAGGCAAGGGAAUAGGAGGCGUCAUGUUCCACUCCCAAGCCCUCGUGGCAGACGGGUUCCACGCUCUGACCGAUCUUGUCUCCGACUUCAUGACCCUCGCUACGAUUUCCUGGUCACUCAAGCCAGCCACCGACCGGUUUCCCAGCGGAUAUGGCAAGAUUGAGAGCUUGGGUGCGUUGGGCGUCAGUGGGCUAUUGCUCUUUGGCGGUAUCGGGAUUGGCUUGAACGGGGUGGACGCUCUUUACACGCAGUUCUUUCUUGAGGCUGCUGCGCAUGCGCAUGACCAUGCUGAGCAUGCACAUGGUGGACUCUUAUCCUUCCUCGGGCACAGUCACAGUCAUGGACAGACGUUGCCGGAUCUCAAUGCUGCGUGGCUCGCAGCGGGCUCUAUCGUGGUCAAGGAGUGGUUAUAUCGAGCUACUAUGAAGAUUGCUCGAGAACGGAAAUCCUCGGUCCUAGCCUCCAAUGCCGUCCACCACCGUAUCGACUCACUCACCAGCAUUGUGGCGCUUGCGACUAUUGGUGGUGCGCACGUAUUUGCAGACGCUUCAUGGUUAGACCCCGUCGGUGGGCUCCUCAUCUCUGCCAUGGUCAUCAGGGCGGGCUGGGGCAACACCAAGGCAGCACUACUCGAGCUCGCUGAUGUCACCGUGGACAGUGAGGUGAAGUCCAACGUCCGAAGAGCUGCCACAAGAGCACUCAAGGGCGAUCCCGCGACCGGGCUAGAACCUGCUCAGUACGGCGAAGAGACCGAGAUCCGAGAUAUCCAGGGCGUCAAGUCUGGUCAGAACUAUCUAAUGGACAUUGAGCUCGCCGUUCCCAAGGACUUUACGGUACAGCAAAUGGAACCUAUCGAGGAUGCGGUCCGUCAGCGGUGUGGCAACAAAGUUCGGGGCGUGAGAAGAGUACGUGUCAAGUUCGUCCAGCUCGACGAUACGAACGCCAGCCUUGGGAAUGAUUUUAUUGCGGCCGACGUCAGCCCUAGGAGCAGCCCGGAACCAGAGGACGAGCAUGACCACGGCCAUCAUCACGAACAUGGAAACGAACAUUCUCAUGCACACGGGCGUUCAGAUGGGCACGUUGCAGCCUCGGGCACAAAGAAGAAGCAGGCUUAA